AUACCAUUGACUGGUGUGACAGAGUUGUCGUAGAAAAAGUCAACAUUGGGAAUAACCAAGAAUCUACAUUCCCCGAAUUCGGGAACCCCUAAGAUCCUAAAACCCAUAACGUUGUACAGUUGCACGUUAUACCUUGUUACAGAUGUGUAGCAUAUUUAAGAGUAACACACUAAUUGACACAUGCGACGUAUCACGCUGCAACGACAUCGAAAACGAAACUGGGCCAUGAUCCGAAAUAGAAACAACACAAAACGCUAGCAACAGCUGACAGAGAAGAAGGACGUUAUCUCAGCGCUGUGCUCUACACACCUGCCACUAUUCAAUAUGGACCCAGACGAACUGGAGAUACAGCAUCAAGUAAGUGUUGAUUGUUUGUAAACAUAUAAGCUGAAAUUUUACUUACCGAAAUUAAGGUUGAAUACACUAGUGCCACUAAACUGAAUUGAGGUCACUAACAAUAACAGCGCUUUACAGUUAUGAUUGCGUGUUAGAUAUGAGACCUAGGGCCAGUGUUUUUUUUCACAUAUUUUCCCCGCGGGGGGAGGGGGGCACUUCAAAUUUUCGGAGGGGGGGCACUUAAGAUUUUUCGGGAGGGGGGGGGCAGUGCUAGCAGUUCCAGUUUAUUUAUUGUUGAUCAUAUUUUUGCUUGGGGGAGGGGGGGCACUUGGCUUUUCCCGGGGGGGGGCACUGCCCCCCCCCCUCGAGAUAUAGCACAAAGAAAACCUGCCUAGGGCAGUAAGUGAUUGCAUUAAUUAAUUUUGGCUAAUAUUAAUAAUUUUGGUCUUUUAAGUGCAAGCAGUUCCAGUUUAUUUAUUGUUGAUCAUAUUUUUGCUUGGGGGAGGGGGGGCACUUGGCUUUUCCCGGGGGGGGGCACUGCCCCCCCCCUCGAGAUAUAGCAGAAAGAAAACCUGCCUAGGGCAGUCAGUGAUUGCAUUAAUUAAUUUUGGCUAAUAUUAAUAAUUUUGGUCUUUUAAGUGCCUGGGUUAUUAUGGUUGAGAGGGCUUGUUUGUGGUUUUGGUGAUUAGACCUGAACAAAGAAAAUACUUCUACGAUUUUUAGACAAUUCCUACACAAUAGGCUUACAAUCCGAGGCUGUAAAUGUGUGUAUUUUAUAGGCUAGUUAUGUUUACACUGCAUACGUGUAGCACAUACAAAUGCACAACACACACUUACACAUGCAUAAUUUGUAACACACACUCGUCCUAUCUAAGUUAUAGACAAGACUCUUGUGGCCUGGAGACAACAAAUCUUGUAGUGUCAAGUUUGUUUAAAAUUCCAUUAUUCCAUUUAAUUGAAGAAUUAUUUUCAAUUUGAACAACUUAAAAAAAGAAAUUCCUUAGACGAGUAAAUUGUUUUCCAUUAUUUAGUUUUUUUACAUUAUUAUCCCCCCCCCUUUUUUUCCCCCUUUUUCCCCCGCACAAACACAUACUUGCACCCCACAAACACACUUAAAAAAUAUUCAUUUACAUUUCAUUGUGUUUGUCUGGGAAAAGAAUUCAUAAUUUUUUUUUUUUGGUUUAAAACUAGAGCUUUUAAAUUAUUAAUGAUGACAUGAAAGUCUUAAAUAUAAGGAGAAUUGUUUUUAACCAUUUGAUGUUGGUCUAAAAAAUAAUGUUUUUAUAAUAUAUUUUAUUGACGUCAUGACCUCGUUUUACUGGUUCAAAUUAUAUUAGAACUAUGCAAUGAUUUUUCAUUUUUAUUUUACUUUAGCAGUUUAAAUAGUUUACAUAUUUUUAAUAAUUGUAAAGCGCUAAGAGCUGUAAGGUAAGCGCUAUUAAAAAAAAUGCCUAAAUAAAUAAAAAAUAAAUGAUUAAAUGAGCACUUUGGGUUAAACAAACUUUAGGUGGGCCUGGUGUGUGUGUGUGGGGGGGGGAGGAAAUAAUAAUAGAUUUUUAAACUUUACUUGGUACGUUCGCUUGCGACAGACGUGUGAAAAUAUACGCUGUAUAACAAGAAUAAUAAAUAAUGAAUUAACAACUAUGUUUGCACUUAGUGGAUCGAUACCAUUGUAAUGUGUGCCUUGAUUUAAUUUGGGGUGGGGGCGAGUAGGUGGGUUUGUUCUAGUUAAAACAUACCAUAUUCAAUACCUUAUGAUUCAUUCAAUGUGUGUCAUGUUCUAUUGAGGAAGGGGGGGGGGAGGGCUCAGUGUCGAAAAGAAUCAGUCCAAAUGGAAUCUGUGUCGUGUUUUAUUUGGUGAUAGUUGAAAAGAGUCAGUACCGACAGUAUGUGGUUCUUGUUUUAUGGUGUGAUACUUGAAAAGAAUCAGUACCGACAUAACGUGUUUCCUGUUUUACGGUGUAAUACGUGAAAAGAAUCGGUACCGAUAGAAUGUGUGUCGUAGUCGUGACAUGCUCCCCGUGUGAAACACCCAGUGUGACGUAGUCGUGACAUGCUCCCCGUGUGAAACACCCAGUGUGACGUAGUCGUGACAUGCUCCCCGUUUGAAACACCCAGUAAGAGUCGGAUGUAAAUUAAAUCCGUUCAAGAAUAUUGUCUCCGUUUACGGGGGCUUUAAGACAAGCUUCACUUGAAUGUUCCCGUCAGUCUGAAUGUUCCCGUCAGUCUGAAUGUUCCCGUCAGUCUGAAUGUUCCCGUCAGUCUGAAUGUUCCCGUCAGUCUGAAUGUUCCCGUCAGUCUGAAUGUUCCCGUCAGUCUGAAUGUUCCCGUCAGUCUGAAUGUUCCCGUCAGUCUGAAUGUUCCCGUCAGUCUGAAUGUUCCCGUCAGUCUGAAUGUUCCCGUCAGUCUGAAUGUUCCCGUCAGUCUGAAUGUUCCCGUCAGUCUGAAUGUUCCCGUCAGUCUGACAACUUUAAAUCAGGAAGUCGUGUGAAUCGUCCCUUCAGCCUUACAGCUUUAAAUCAAGAAUUCGUGUGAAUCUGCCCUUCAGCCUGAUAGAUUUAAAUCAGGAAGUCAUGUGAAUCUGCCCUUCAGCCUGAUAGAUUUAAAUCAGGAAGUCAUGUGAAUCUGCCCUUCAGCCUGAUAGAUUUAAAUCAGCAAGUCAUGUGAAUCUGCCCUUCAGCCUGAUAGAUUUAUAUCAGGAAGUCAUGUGAAUCUGCCCUUCAGCCUGAUAGAUUUAAAUCAGGAAGUCAUGUGAAUCUGCCCUUCAGCCUGAUAGAUUUAAAUCAGCAAGUCAUGUGAAUCUGCCCUUCAGCCUGAUAGAUUUAAAUCAGGAAGUCAUCUGAAUCUGCCCGUCAGCCUGACAGAUUUAAAUCAGGAAGUCACGUGAAUCUUCCAUUCAGCCUGACAGCUUUUAAUCAGGAAGACGUCAUUGCAUUAAAAUUUAGAAGAAAGAAAAAAACUCCCUACUUUUUUGUUGUUUAAGCUUAUACGUUGUUUAUCAAGGCUUAACUUUUAUGGCUUGAAGUAUAUUUUUUAAAGUGCUAUAUUAGCUUUGCAGGGUUCAUCCACACUCUCUCCAAAUCAACUUGAUAUAUGACGUAUUUUAGUCUCACAGUGCAGCCUGUCUCCGGGUUAAGAGUUAGAUCUGCAGAGUUCGCAGCUUUAAUCAAAUGGACGUGUGUGUUGGGGGAAGAGGAACAAAGUGUACAUACCUGGCAUGCCAAUCAGUACUAAACAUUACGUUAUUACAAAUACAUACCUGGCAUGCCAAUCAGUACUAAACAUUACGUUAUUACAAAUACAUGCCUGGCAUGCCCAUCAGUACUAAACAUUACGAUAUUACAAAUACAUACCUGGCAUGCCCAUCAGUACUAAACAUUACGAUAUUACAAAUACAUACCUGGCAUGCCCAUCAGUACUAAACAUUACGUUAUUACAAAUACAUACCUGGCAUGCCCAUCAGUACUAAACAUGACGAUAUUACAAAUACAUACCUGGCAUGCCCAUCAGUACUAAACAUUACGUUAUUACAAAUACAUACCUGGCAUGCCCAUCAGUACUAAACAUUACGAUAUUACAAAUACAUACCUGGCAUGCCCAUCAGUACUAAACAUUACGUUAUUACAAAUACAUACCUGGCAUGCCAAUCAGUACUAAACAUUACGUUAUUACAAAUACAUACCUGGCAUGCCCAUCAGUACUAAACAUUACGAUAUUACAAAUACAUACAUUAUGCCUAUGAGUACUAAACAUUACGAUAUUACAAAUUUUAAUACAUACCUGGCAUGCCCAUCAGUACUAAACAUUACGUUAUUACAAAUACAUACCUGGCAUGCCAACCAGUACUAAACAUUACGAUAUUACAAAUACAUACAUGAUGCCUAUCAGUACUAAACAUUGCGAUAUUACAAAUACAUACCUAACAUGCCCAUCAGUACUAAGCAUUACGUCAUUACAAGUAGGUUCAAGAUCAAAUCCAGUCCCUUGUCGUAGGGUCCCUAAAUGAGGUUAUCAUUGUCUUUACAUUAAUGGGGCUUUUGCUGCAGCCUGACACACGGGCUAGCAUGCGUCAUCCUACCCUGGUGGUCAGCCUUCCAGAUGUGUUAGUGUGUAUAACAAUACCCUUGUGGUCAGUCCUUACAUACUAUUGUUCACAUAUAUUUACAGGCCAAACAACUGCGUGAAUUGUUUAAAGGUCGCUUCACACAGAAUGAGUUGGUGAUGGUCAUUAAGGAAUUUGGUGGGAAACUUCCAGCCCUUGACUUUAUCAUCAGAGGUAACAUAGUCUCAUUAAAUGAACAUGGACACGCCAUUUAACCUUCGUGCUUAAUGACUUAAUGUUGAUUUUAUUUUAUGUUAAAUAAUGCACUGAACUUUUUAAAAAACAAACAAACUUAUAUAUAAACAUUAUAUUAUUUUUUCAAGAAUAAGUUAUUAUUUUUCAAGAAUAAGUUAUCAUUUUUCAAUCAUAUUUCAUGAAUUUACAAGAAACUCAACUAGUAGGUUAAAACAUUGGUCUGUGUGUCUCUAAUCACACAUUUCAAAUUAGUAAAUCAUUUGAGUCAAAGAAUAUAUUUUAUAAAAACAUCUAAGCUUGUUUUACUUUCUAACAAUAUUAGAAUGAAAUUGUCUACAGUAACAUUGAUAAUCUGUGAUACUUAAGUUUUCCUUUGACUGUAUUGAUAAAUAUUUGAUUUCGUUUUUCAAACUUAUUUAGAGGAUCCUGGAGUUGUUAGUCAGUUUCUAAAAAAGGUAAAAAUAAUCUCAAAACCAGCAUUUCUUUGUGCCGUUUAGUGAAAUUAAUUACUCAAAUUAUUUUUUUUAAAAACUCUAUGUGUUUGUCUGUUGAAAUACCAAGACGUGCGUGUGUGAUUAUUAUAAGAGUGGAGAGACUGCAAUUAGGUUAGGCAGAACGAAUUAUGUGGAAAAAGGUAUGGAAAAGGACGCAAUAAUUCAAUGAACGUGUCGGCAAGACGCCUUCUUCACCAAACAAACAACGAGAAACACAAAUAUAAAAAUGAUACAAAUGAGACUUAGCUAAAAUGUAAUAGAGAGGACAACAAGAGGAAUGUAAUAGACCUUCAGUCUGUAGAGAAUUAAUAAAAGCAAUUGCGAAAGAAAGAAAGGAUAAGUAAGUCAACAGUGACAAAACGAGGUGGUGAGAAAAAAUUUCACAAAUGAAAAAAAAACAUGACAUUCGUGUCAAGGUCCCAUGCGUGUGUUUUAGUAUGUUUUCUUAUUUCACCCUGGCGGGCAUGUUGGUCCUGGAAACAAUGGCGGUGAUGGCCAAGUCGCGAGAGUCCUUGUCGUCACUUCUAGUGAAGUGUUUUCUGAUAGGACCCGUUUAAAUUGCGCAAUAUUUUUAAGAAGUUUAGUACCGUACAUUUGUCUGAGAGACGCCCUUCAGUGUCGCCCAGAUAUGCCUCAUGGCAGCAGGUACAAAUUCAUUUAAAAAAUAGAUUUCUGAUCUGGGCCAAAGAUGUGAAAGUGUAGAUCUGUUGAAAAAAUAUGUUGUAUUAACUUGUUUAUAUCAUAUCACCACAUUCUAAGAUAACAACCUGUACUUCCGGUUAUCCUCUCUUACUGUCAGAAAAUUAUCUUAUACUGUCCGAAAAAUAACCUUUAUUGUCAGAACAUUAUCUUAUACUGUCCGAAGUUAACUUUUACUGUCAGAACCUUAUCUUAAACUGUCCGAAAAUUAACCUUUAUUGUCAGAACAUUAUCUUAUACUGUCCGAAGUUAACUUUUAAUGUCAGAACAUUAUCUUCUACUGUCCGAAAAUUAACCUUUACUGUCAGAACAUUAACAUGUUCUGUUCGAUUUCGGACUUGUGUGACCUUAAUGAAUAUGUUCUCUUUCGGUUUGACACAGAAUAAAAGUUACAUACAAACUUUGCAACAAGACUCACAGAACCUGUGUCGAUGUCUGGAGGAAGGUAUCAACAUAGAGUCCAGCAAGCGACAGUUUGCAUGCAGGAAAUGUGAGCGGAGCUGGUGGAAGGUCGUUCCUAUCCGGAAAGAGGUUCAGUUUGUCUGUUAGCCGUGUAUAAUCUUAACGUAAACUUUUAGUGCUAUUCCUUUUUCUCCUUCAGGCCUUCAUAAAUGACUUCACGCGAUUUAGUCCAAGUUUUACCCCCCCCCCCAAAUUCAAGCAUUGUCAGACUUUUGUCACAUAAUUUAGCCAGCCUCAUAACACAUAUCCAUCAUCCACGUCAUCCAGCUCCCCCAUUUGUGGAUGAUUCCUGUUUUAAAAAAAAGAUAUAUAGGCCUACCUAUUAUUAAGAAUAUAAUUCUGAAUGAGGAUCAAUAUCUGCACCGUUUAUUAUUUUUUGUAAAGUAUCUCAGUUAUAAAUGGACUUAGUUCUGUUCCUUUCUUUUUGUAGACCAUAACAGUUAGUUGUUGUUUUUUUUUACAAUGUCUUCUACAGGUCAGUAUGUGUCGGGUUUGUAGGGUCAAAUUCGACCCCAUUCCAAGAGACAAGGAAUGGGGUAUUGGUGUCUUCUAUUGCUUGGGGGAAAACUGUGGGAAAGAAUUUAGGUAAGUCUUGCACAGCCAUCUAUCUGUUGUAAUGUUGAUUCAAAGUUAAAUGAUAAUAAUUGUAUGGGUUUUUUUCGUUUUUUUGCUUUCACUUAAAAUUAAUUUAAUCAGGGGAGGUUCUAGCGGGAGGGGGUGUAUUAUAAUUUUAAAAAAAUAAUAAUUUUACAAAUUAUUUCUUAAUGAAUUUAGGAAAGCAGAAAAAAAUAACUAAUGUAUUUUACAGACUAUUUGAAAUUGAAAAAUUGCCUCCAAAAUUCAAGUGCGUCUUAUACUCAAAAUUAAUAUAAAAAUGGUAAAAAUGUUAUUUAUUUUUAAAAAAAUGCUUAAAAACUAAGGUGCGUCUUAUACUCAGUAAAAAAUGGUAGCUUAAUUUUCUGUAUAUUCUAAUUGAAAAAAAAAAAAAAAAAAAAAAAAAAAAAAAUAGAUACAAAAAUAAGUCCCUUCUGUUUUCUUUUAAAUCGUUUAUGAAGUCUUCUUACAAAUAGAAAUAGAAGGCUAUAUAUACAUUGCUGUUCUUUAUUUCAUAAAUGUAUUUUAUUUUAAUUUCAUGAUUAUGUCUCUUUUGAUAAAGUUUUUAUGUACAGCACGGUGAGCCCAGCCUUAGGCUGGGGUACCGCGCUAUAUAAGACCUCUUAUUAUUAUUAUUAUUAUUACAAUAUAGAUUGAUAACUUUUAGGAGUGGCUGACUAGAAGACUGACUGUCUAUGCUUCUCUCCCCAGAGGGUUUGCUGUGAUGGGUAUGACAGAGAGCAUGUGUCACAGAUGUGGCUUUGAUUCACCUGUUGAUCAUAUUUUACCUCCACGGAAAAAAACUGGGGAAGAAAGGCGAACUCGUGAUAACCAUGGGUGCAAUGGUAUCAACUGCUAUAAUGGGUAA